AUGUUCCGUGCAAGUCUUGUGCGGCUUGCCAAGUCUGUGUCCACGCACCCUCUGAACCUCCGUGAAGCGAGUGCCGCCUUGCUGCCACCGCUGCCGUUGUACCGCAGAAUACUGCGCGCACAUCGAAAUCUUCCCCUUGAGAUGCGCUCUCUUGGGGAUGACUACGUGAAAGCGGAAUUCCGUAGACAUAGAGAAACGACGAACAAAGUUCACAUCAUAGGGUUCUUGUCCCAGUGGAAGGUGUACUUGGACGCGCUACCCGCUGGUCCCGAAGGUGGCAAGGCUUUCCGCGGCAAACCUCUUGACCCAACAACAUUGGAGAAGAUGUCUGCUGAACAACUAGGGCAACUUUACGAGGUUAUGCAUGUGACAAAGGACGUCUGGAAACCGGUGACGCCAGAACAAGACGGCAAAACUCCUUCAGACAACGAAGGUACAUCAUAG